AUGGAACCAUGUAAUACAAAACGGAUAUCACCUAUUGAACAGAUUUAUGUUGCUGUUGUUGUUUUGGUACUUUUAUUUGCAUUUUUCUUGGUAACUAGCUUAAUUAAGCAUUCAAAAUCUGCCACGAUGGUUCUUGCUGCUUUAAAUGGUAGUGGGAGAACUGUUCCCUUUUACCAGCUUCCAGAUGGCUCAGCACAUCAGGGUACUGUUGCAUCCGUGGAUCCAAAUGAAGGAAAUUUUGUGCUACGCUCUGAAUCCUCUAAGAAAGGCAAGAUAAAGCCUGUCCGUGUAGUUGAUGUUCCUGGACACCCUCGACUUCGACCAAAGCUUGGCAAAUACUUGCCUCAAGCAGCUGGCGUUAUCUUUGUCAUCGAUGCUCUAGACUUUUUGCCAAACUGUCGCACAGCUGCCCAAUACCUAUAUGAAAUCUUGAUCUUGACCAAUGCGAUUGUUGUAAAGAAGAAAAUCCCAGUGCUUAUAAUGUUCAACAAGACUGACAAAGUGAAUGCCCACACCAAGGAAUUCAUCAGAAAACAUCUGGAGAAUGAAAUCGACAAGUUGCGAGCAUCAAGGAAUGCCAUAUCCGCUGCUUGA